CAGUGUGCUAGAAGCGCUUUUGCUUGUCGGAUCUUUCUGUUCCUUCUUCUCUCGUCUUGGUCACUUGAACUUUCUCCAACUGAUUAGUUGAUGAUUUCCAGACGAAACGAGAGGGACAAAAGUGCAAAGUCAUAGUGCCGCGCCACCCAAUUAGUGCUUGUGUGUGAUCCGAGAGUCAAGAUAUUAUUUUUGUUUUCCCAAACAAAGUUGUUCGAUAUCUUUCCCGUGUUGUGAGGGGGGAAACAAUUCCAAGACGUUUGGAUGAUUACUAGUGGCAGUUCACCGCCAUGUUCGUUAGUGGCCAUGGAUUCGCCGCUAUUCUAUGAGCUGCAGGACCAUUGCCACGACGUGAACUCAGUGACGAAAAACCAAAGCCAACAACAGCGUCGUAGUGUGCCGAACGGCCUUCACUUAAAUUUGAACACGUCCAGUAAUUCCAUCGCCGAUUUGACAUCGGCGCGAGGACUGGCUCCCAUUCGUGUGCCCCCAUCCGGCGCCGUUUUCGGAAACGCGCCGCAGCAACAACAACAAAACGGCGAGGCUUCCUAUGCGGAACUGGCCGAUAUCAACACUCCCGAAAUCUCGCUGGAUCUCCAGGGUCUGAUUGACUGCGAGGGAUUGCUGUCGGACCUGUCCCGACAGCCAGGUUCCUCCGUCAACCCUUAUUUAACCAAUUACAUGCGCCAGACUCAACAACAGCAGCAACAACAGUACAUGCCCCACCAACAGCAGCAGCAGCAGCAACACCAACAACAGCAGCAGCAACAGCAACCACACCAAAAUCAUCCAGCCAGUCAUCACCACCCGUACGGCGGUCUGGUGAAAGAAGAGCCACUGGAUUCUGGAACGUACAGCCCUCCACCUCAGCAGCACUACUCCGGUGGAGGUUACACGGCUUACGACAGUUCCUACGGCGGUCAAUAUCCAUCGACUAGCGCCGGUAGCGGACACAACAAUAACAAACUGUUGGGUUCCAGUAACAUCAACAGUCCUGGAUCUGUCAAAAGUGUUUCGUCGUCGCUGAGCGAAUCUUCUUCCUCGAAACGGAGCGGAAUCGGCGGCGGAGCCAGCGGUUCGGGCGGCAGCAAACGCGCUGACAAGGGCACGGACGAGUACCGUCGCCGUCGGGAGCGCAACAACAUCGCCGUGCGGAAAUCGCGCGAAAAGGCCAAACUUCGGUCGAGAGAGACGGAAGAAAAAGUCAAACUGUUGGUGCGCGACAACGAGCGGCUGCAGAAACGCGUCGAACAGUUGACCGAAGAGCUCAAUAUCCUUCACACUUUGUUCACCAAUGUGGGCGGAGUGCCGGAGAGCGUCCAGCGAGAGGUGGCCAAACACCUCGAGAACAUACAGCAUCAACAGCGUUAUCAAUAAUAAUAGUAAAAAUAAUAAUAACAAUCAUGAUUGUCACGAGAAGAAAAAAAGUCUUGCCACGACCACCAUUACCAGUGAUGUGAUGCGGAGCAGCAACGACGUCUUAUUCCACCAGUGUUGUCGUUGUGGAUGUGGCCCGUUGUCGACCGCCAUACAAUUUCGAAAUGAUUACAACUAUCCCUUUAAUUAUGAACCGGUACAGCUUCAAACGCAGCCCAUUUGCCCCCAAUUGCUGCCCCUAGUCGAGUGCUGGCAAAAAAGACUUGGUCGUUGGUCCGGUACUCGAUUUAAAAAAAAAAAAAACAUGGAAAAAGAAACGACAUCAAUCGAAUUUUUAAAGAAAAAAAAAUUUGUUUGUUUGUUUGUUUGUUUUUUUUGGUCGAAAAAACAAAAAAAAAAGAGAGUAAUAUUUGAGGGAAAACAAAAACAAAUUUGUUAUCUCUAUCCUUUGAAUUUGAAAAAUAAAUAAUGAAAAUAUUUGUGUCCUCCACCAUUUUUGUACGCUCGAAGUGUACCUAUCCAGAAUUUUCGUCCCGAUGUUAUCGUUCUUCAUCACCCAGAUUACAAAAACACACAUCUAGAGAGUGACCCUUCUAUCACUUCACCUUAAACCCAAUAUCGUUGUCGGAAGCAAAUGUCUGUUUUUGGAAUUAUUUAUUUGCAAUGAUGACUGGCCCAGUUAUCGAAUAUUCGCGCCUUUCUACAAUUCCGUCAAAAACAGAAGAAAAUUUGUCAUCCCUUCUUUUUCCUGUCUCAAAUUUUUGUGAGAAACAUUUAGAAUUUUGUGUGUGUUACCUGGUUUGAGAGAGUUAAGUGUCAACGCACAAAAACGAAAAAAUUUAUCGAAUGCAGUCAAAAUUGUGAAAACAAAUAAAACGAAAAAAAAUUUCAAAACCAA